CUAGAGUCAGUUACCGACCCGGAAGUAUCGGGUCGGGUCACCCGCAGCCAUUGGUUCAUGUUUCUGUGUAUCUGCCCUCUCCUAACUCCAGAAACAAAAACGAAGAAGAAAAGGAAAAAUCACGAGCUUGGUUCAAUGACUUCUGAUUAUGCGGUUAAACUUGCUGCGGAGCUCGAAUCAGCUUCGCGUUUGAAAGCUGCUCAAUUCCUGGUGACGCAGAGGCCGUGGCUUGAUCUUUAUGGGGUUAAUGUCAGACCUGUUACUCCUUUCCCUAGCUUGAGCAAACCGUUUGUUGAUACAGCACUUCUGCACCGCAGCUUGCUGGAUGAGUUGCUUUUUGAGAUAUUUUCGAAGAUGAGUCCUUAUAGCCUUGGAAGGGCAGCUUGUGUCUGUCGAAAAUGGAGGUAUACUAUCCGUAACCCUGUGUUCUGGCGAAAUGCAUGCUUAAGGGCUUGGCAGCUGAAUGGAAUUGUGGAAAAUUAUAAGAUAUUCCAAUCGAUGUAUAAUGGCUUAUGGCGGAAAAUGUGGCUUUUAAGACCAAGACUUCGGAGUGAUGGGCUUUAUGUCAGUCGGAAUACCUACAUUCGUGUUGGGCUUGCAGAGGGGAGAACCACCAAUCCUGUGCAUAUUAACUCGUCCCAAAAAGUAAAAGAUGUUGCAAAAUACAUGAAUUUUCGUUCAGCAAGAUCUGAAUCAUCUGAUAGUGUUUUUAGCGGACAAUACACACUUUCUGAAGACAAGGUUGAAGCUGCUAUUCUGUAUCCUGGCUUACGCCCAACUGUUUUAAGAAUCCGCUUGAGGUUAAGGGGGACCGUACAAGGCGCUAACAACAGAAUGGAUCUGAUAUCACUUGUCACAAGCGGUGUGAAUGAUGUCGAGGCCAGUGGAUCCGAUGAGGACAUCCUCGGAGUAGUCGAGGGGUGGCAGGAGGAUGAAACCCACAACCCUGAUGUCCCAGCAGUUUCGCACAAGAGGGGUCUCACACCUUUCGUCUUUGUCCCAUUCGACGAAGUUGAAAAAUCUGUAUUGAACCUUCCUGUGGAGAAGAUGGAUUAUUUUGUACCUGGUUGAUCGCAGCCUGAUCAGAGAAGCUUUCUUUCUAAAGAGAAAGGAUUGUUUAUGGCGUCAGUUGAAUUAUUACUACAUGGUAUGUACCAAAACUUGUGUUUUAUCUGCUAAAAUGUGUGAUAUAGUAUUGUAUGUAAAGGUUGUGGAAAAUAAAGUACUAGUACUAUUCAAGAACUAGGCUUUUGAUCAUGUGAUAAUGUAUAAAUAAAUUAGAGAUUUUAUAAAGAAACACACUUUAGUCAA